UCUACGAUGGCCCCCGCAGCCCGGACUGUACCCUUCGACAGCGCGCUUCGGCAUGUUGCCGCUACUGCGGAUGUGCUGGAUGUCUUGGGGAAGAACGUCGGCACGCCGUUUCUGGAUGUGAUUUGCGUGACGAUGAAGGCCGUCGUUUCCUCUGCGCAGAACAUCAAGCGCAACAAAAGCGAAUGCGCCGAGCUGCUAGAGCGAACGCAUCAACUGCUGCAAGCCAUUCUUGCACUGCACAUUUACCCAAAUACCAUCGAUCCUGUGAGCAAAUCAGAGGGGUAUGCCGCGCCGGUGCUGUCUCCUGUGGCGUUGGAGCAGCUGGGGCGGCUCGUUGAGACGCUACAUAAAGUGCACCACUUUCUCGAGGCACAGCACGACCGCGCGCGCUUUCGCCAAAUAUUUCGCACAAACGAGACACAGAACCUCCUCAAAGACUGUCGCGCUGGUCUGCAGCACGCAGUAGAGUUUUUCCUCUUGGAACGCACCACACUGCUUGGCGACGUGGCAAACCUCGAUAGCGCGGCGGAAGCGGAGCAUGAGGAGGUGAUGCGGCUCCUACGCGGCGUCAAUGGGGCGGACGAUCUGGAAGGAUUUAGUGGAUGGGACUCAUCAUCCGAGAUCAUGAAGGACAUUAAUAACAGUUCACGUUCUCUGUCCCUUCUCCCGUCCCAGCCCAAAAUAUUCCACGGGCGCACCACUGAAGUGGCCACAAUCCUUGAGCUCUUUACGGCCUCCGCAGCGCCGCAUAUCGCUAUACUUGGCGCGGGCGGCAUGGGCAAGACGUCUUUAGCUAAAGCGGUGCUGCACGACCCAGCGAUUGCGGAGAGCUUCGGGCCGCACCGGCACUUCGUCCCGUGCGACGCCGCGGCAAACAAGAUCGAGCUGGCGGCGGUGAUCGCGGAGAACCUGGGCGUGCGCGGGGGCAUGCAAGCGCGCGAUAGAACGCGGUUUGUGGUGAAGCAUCUGGAAAAGGCUCCACGCACGCUGGUGGUGCUGGACAAUCUCGAGACGCCGUGGGAGCCCGUGGAAGGACGGUCGGAGGUCGAGGGGUUGUUGGGAUUGUUGGCAGGGAUCGAGCAUGUGGCGGUCAUGGUUACCAUGCGUGGUGCGGAGCGUCCAGCGCAAGUACAAUGGACACGGCCGUUCCUGCCAGCGCUGAAGCCCCUGUCUCUUGAGGCAGCACAGCAGACUUUCCUCGAUAUUGCGGAUGGCGUCGAAGAAGACGAGUACCUGAACUCAGUAUUGGAGCUCUCGGAUAAUAUGCCGCUGGCCGUGACUCUCUUGGCCCAUCUUGUUGCCGAUGAAGCCGACUGCAAAACAGUCCUCCAGCGCUGGGAGCGUGAGAACACGGCUCUGCUCUCAGACGGAAUCGACAAAAGGUCCAACCUCGAGAUUUCCAUUGCCAUCUCACUUGCGAGUCCGCGUAUGGCUGUGCAGCCGGGGGCACAGGAAUUACUGAGCCUGCUUAGCAUCCUUCCCGACGGCCUCGCGGACGCGGACUUAACGCAGAGCAACCUCAUAUUCGACUCAAAUGUGUUCGCCGCCAAAGCCACUCUGCUGCGCACCGCUCUGGCAUAUGUGGGCGAUCACGGCCGACUGCAAGUCCUCGUGCCGAUUCGCGAGCACGUGCUCCGCGCCGCGCCGCCAACGGACGGCCUCAUCGGCCCACUGCGCCGGCACUAUCAAGUGCUGCUGGACAUAUACCGCGCACAUCGGGGGACGCUGGCGCAAACAGGCGUUAUUGAGCGCAUCGCAGCCAACUUUGGAAACGUGCAAAGCGUGCUCACAAAGGGAUUGGCGUCCGAUGAUGCAACGGUCGUGGGCGGCGCGAUCGCGUCAACGUGUAUGUUGGAUAUGUUUAGUUUGACGGCGGGAAAAGGUCAGCUUGCGCUGAUGGAGCGCAUACCAGCUCUCCUAGCACAAAUGAACCCACUGGACCACCACCUAUCGGUGGUGUUCUAUACACGGUUUCUCGAUACGUGGCGAUUUCACCCAGUGCCCGACGCGGAAGGGCUCAUACAGACGAUGCUGGAUCACUGCCAAUAUUUUGAUGACGCCGGCGUCAAGUGCCGGCUCUAUAUCGCCAUCGGCUCCUUCCAUCAAUACCACGACCACAGUCCGUCCAAGGCACUCAAGAUGUAUGAGUUGUGCCGCGCGGUCGCGGUGGCCUCCGGAAACACGACACGGGAGGGCGAUGCGCUUGACUGCAUUGCAAAUGUCCACUGGAUGGCGGGUCGGCAUCUCGCGUGCCGAAAAUCGGCCGCGGCAGCACAAGCGCUGGCCGCUGCGACGGCGGAUCUAUACCGCGAGGCGCGGAGUCUGCACACGGAAGCGAUGGCCUGCCGCUCAUUGGGUAUAUAUGCCACCGCCGUGGCCUACAGCCAGCGUGCCCGGGUCCUGCUCGCGCUGUGUGGUCUUGCGGAUGGUGAGGUGGAUAACAGCAUUCUCGCCGGACUUGCGGAGUUGCUCAAGGAUCAGACGGUCUACGCAACAGCAAAAGAGAUGCGGCUGCUUAUCCUUGCCCGGGUGUCGGUUCGCGAGGACCCAUUUGACCACGCGCUAGAGCUCAUCAGUAUCGCGGAGCUCGAUGUCCACACCGGCAUCCCGCGCGCAGCGGUGGAGCAGAAUAUAACCGCGGCUAGGAUUAUGCUCUCGACUAUGGGCUACGGCAAAGGCGCCCCGAUCUGCGAUAUGGUGCAGGGGGACUUGGAACUGCGAGAAGGAGAGUAUGCGACGGCGCAACAGCUGCUUGAAGGCUGUCUGCAGGGAGCACUAGGGGAAGACGGCGAGAUCACCAGCUACUGCCUCGAGCGGCUCGGCAACUCAGCACGAUGGGCGGCGGGAUGGCCGGACUCGUGGACGUAUAUCUUUCUCGCGCAUGCCGUCCAGUCGGGAGAAACCCUGGCAAUCUUGAAAGCGGUACAGUACCUCGCGGACAUCUCAUUGCGCGGGCAAGACCUCGACACCGCCGCGUCUCUGUACACUGCUGCAUUGGAGGGGUAUGCGAGGAUGGAUGUCCCUAGGGGCCAGGGCGAGUGCUUGGUUGGGCUGGGGGAGAUCGCGCGGGAGCGCAACGACUGCGGAGAUGCCGAACGGCGCUGGACAUUGGCCCUCCCGCUGCUUGAGCGCUCAUCGCAAGAACAGACGUCGGAUAAGGCAAAGGCUUUGCUGGGCGAGCUGAAGCUACCAAGCAAGCAGGAAGGCAAACGGCCAUGGCCUAUGUGUAGUUAA